AGGAACACACGCGAGGAGUGAGACGAUCUUUGUAACACACGCUGGCCACAUAACACGGCUCAACCACCAUGAAGUGUUGACUUAUAAAGUGUUCACAACAAGUUUAUCGACAUGGAUUCUCGGUCUAUCUCGCCAGACUCAGUAUUGUCCAUGGCUAAACCAGUGUCUGUGGCCACCACCACCUCGCCCAUGGACCUCAGCUACUCCGUCGUUAGUAAGCUCAACACAGACGCCCAGAGACACUCUACCAACACCAGUGCCGAUUGCAGUAGUCCUUCCUGCACCGCCAGACCACCGCACGUUGACAACAACACGACUACUGCCGCCGCCGCCGCCGCUAUCCCCACCACAACUUCCUCCGUCGCUGGCAGCCCUCACGCUCCCAACAGAUCCCCGGAGACGCAGAACACAUCAGCAGAGAGUCAGAACAGCCCGGAGCCAUACCCGCGGGAGGCCACCAAGAACCAGGGCCACACGGACACCCUGGGCGGCAGACACACCUCCUUCUCCGUCGUGGACAUCCUCGACCCUAACAAGUUUGUGGGUCGCGUCCAGGUCACCUCCAGCGAGGUCACCUCCUCCAUAGACGACGCCCGCCUCCACCCCGACACCUCCACCAUUUGUGAUUCGGACUCUGAGGUGAGCGUGGGAGGCGGCGGAGGUAGCGACGAAGGAGGCGACGACGACAACACGGGCGAGGACCUGGAGGAGGGAGGUGGAGGCGCCCCUAAGAAGCGACGGUGUGACGCUGGCGGCGGUAAGCCCCGUCGAGCCAGGACCGCCUUCACCUACGAGCAGCUGGUGUCCCUGGAGAACAAGUUCAAACAUACGAGAUACCUGAGUGUGUGUGAGAGACUCAACCUGGCCCUGGCGCUCAACCUGACGGAGACACAGGUGAAGAUCUGGUUCCAGAAUCGUCGAACCAAGUGGAAGAAGCAGAACCCCGGAUGUGACGUCAACACGCCCACACAGCCGCCAAGCCCGCCGGGUAUGUUGUCGUACCACGGCGGGGGCUUCCUGCCACAGCCGGGUCCUCCUCUACUGUGUCCGGCGCCCCUGGCUUACCUGGGCCACGGAGGGACUACAGCGGCGGGCUUUCCCACUCAGGGCGCCCUCACCGCCCUUUAUCUCCAUCACUUGAAGAACUGACAAGCCGCCUACGACCAGUCACGCCCACCGUCACCACCAGUUGCCACUGCAGACCCGCGAUGAGAACGCCCUUCCGCUACACUGGCACUGCCGCCCUCGGUGUUACCUUGGCCCUACUGACAGACAGAGGGUCCGUCGUCGUCUUCUGGUUUCAGGGACGCCCAGUCGCUGCACGCCCACACGCCCGUGCCAACCCACAGUUGACGAAAGGGGGUAUUUCCGCCGCCCUACUGACAGGGAAGCGGGUGGGGGUGUUCUGUCAUCGACUUCAAGCUCCAGUGACGCCCAGCCGCCGCACGCCCACACGCCCCCUAGCCACGUGGGCGACCUGAGCGAAGUGUCUACGCACCAACACGUAAAAAAAUACCAAAGUGCAUGUGUGUGUGUGUGUGUGUGUAUGUGUG